AAAUAUAAAUAUAUAUAUUGAAAGCAUUUAGAACCUACAAUAGUUACUCAAAUUCUCCACAUAGUCAACAGAGAUGCGACAAAAACAAUGCUGAUGGUAGUUUUAAGAAGCUUCGAUCUCGUCUGGUUGCAAAAGGAAACGAGCAGGAAGAAGGAGUUGAUUAUCUUGAAACCUACAGUCCAGUGGUUAGAAUGGCGUCAAUGAGAACAAUUCUACACAUGGCUACGGUAUUAAAUUGAGAAAUAAGGCAAAUGAACUUCAAAAAUGCGUUCUUGCAUGGUGACUUGCAAGAAAAAGUGUUCAUGAAGCAACCUGCUGAUUUUGUUGAUCAAGAGCAUCCUCAUCAUGUUUGGAGGUUGAACAAAGCGAUCUACAGCCUGAAGCAAGCUCAGUGUGCCUGGUUUGACAAGUUCAGCUAUUUCCAGAUCGACUUUGGCUUCUUUUGCUCCAAGUCUGAUCCAUCCUUGUUCGUCUACAAAACAAAAACAAACAUUAUAAUCCUACUAUUAUAUGUAGAUGACAUAGUAAUCACGGGAAAUAGCUCUGAAAUUCUGGAUCAUCUACUCAAGCAGCUCAACAGUGACUUCAGAAUGACAGAUAUGGGGAAGCUACACUACUUCUUGGGAAUUCAAGUUCAAACGCAUGCUAAAGGACUAUUCUUAUGCCAGCAAAAGUAUGCGGAAGACUUACUUGCAGUAGCAGGCAUGAAAGACUGUGAACCACAAUGCCUACACCUUUGCCUCAGCAGCUGAAAUCGAGUUGAAGAUAAGUCAGAGCUGUUCUCUCAUCCCACCUACCUCAGAAGCCUCGCUGGAAAGCUUCAAUAUCUGACUCUGACUCGUCCCGAUAUUCAGUUUGCUGUGAACUACGUUUGUCAGAAGGUGCAUUCUCCAACGGUCUCUGAUUUUCAUCUGUUGAAAAGAAUCAUAAGAUACGUUAAAGGUACUAUUACGAUGGGGAUCUCUCUACACAAAGAUACAUACUUCACUCUCACUGCCUACAGCGAUAGUGACUGGGCAGGAUGUAGUUCUACAAGACGAUCUACUGGUGGAUACAUCACAUUUCUAGGGAAUAAUCUCAUUUCUUGGUCAUCUCGGAAACAAUCUAUUGUGUCUAAGUGUUCUACCGAAGCUGAAUAUCGAACUUUCUCUGAGACAACAUCAGAGAUUACCUGGCUCUGUUCUAUAUUCUGGGAGCUUGGUUUGCCUCUCCUGACUACUCCGUUGCUGCUCUGUGACAACCUCUCAGCGAAUCUUCUCUCAGCGAAUCCAUCCUUUCACUCAAGGACCAAACACUUCGCUCUGGAUUAUCAUUAUGUCAGGGAAAGGGUCACACUCGGAGCUCUCGAGGUGAAGCACAUCCUGAAUCAGCAUCAGAUCGCUGACAGAUCUUCACCAAAUCUCUUCAACAAGCGGCGUUUUCUUCUCUUCGAGGCAAACUCGGUGUCGAUACAAUCAGUGCACCAAGUUUGAGGGGGCAUCAUAAAUGGGUCAAGCCCAACUUCUGAGAAUCCCAACACAGAGAAAACUAUGUAUAAUAUCAAAUAAAUUAGAUAAUCAUAAUUAAAAACAUCUACAAAUAUUUAAUUUAAUUUUGGGUGUUUUAAAAAUUAUUGAAAUAUUUUAAAUAACAUAUAUAUUAUUUACAUAUCACAUUUUAAAUAACAAUAAACUUUGAUAAUUUAUAAAAACAUUGAUAAAAAAAUUAAUUAUUUUAUAUAUACAUCACAGAUUUUAUUUUAAAAUAUCUACAGCCUAUAAUGUACAACUACAACAAUUUAAAUACAACAAAAGUCUCUGCAAAAAAAUCUACAGUAACAACUUUACAACUACAACCAAUUUAACUACAACUAAACUUUUACAGCUAAUUUUUAGUGUCACAGUUGAUCCAAUCAUCACCAAAGAUGUAAGUUUUAACCUAAAAUACAUAAGAAAAAAAUUGCUUAAAUUUUUUUUUUUGCUUUAAUUUUUUUUUUAAAUCUUAAAAGUAAAGUUAAAGCAUGAUUGGUAGAAGUUAAUAGAAAUUUGUUGUAGACUUUAACUUUUAAAAGCAAAGCUAUAACAUGAUUGGUACUAUUAAAUAAUUUAAAAAUAAAUAAAGCUAAAGUAGAAAGAUAAAGCCCAAUCAAUAUGUUGUAGAUUUUAGAAAUAGAGUUUAUAAAUAAUUUUUGAAAUGCAUAUGGCACAAGUGUAUACUUAUGCAACUCGACAUAUUUAAUAUAGUUACCAAAAAUUAUAUUAAAUUAAAUUCAAAAAUACAAAUAUAAAAAUUUAAGUUUCUCAAAAAAUUAAAACAAAUAUACCCUUUAAAAGGGUAGUUCAGAAUAUAGUAAAGAACUUAUAUUAGAUGAUGUACUUUCAAAAUUAAUCUUAAUUAUCCAUUAUUUAAUUAUUGAUUAUCUUAAUUUUUCUGUCAUGAUUACUAUUUUGUUAUAAAAUUAUUCAGAUAAAAACUGAAUGUAAAACAAAAUAUAAUAAUUAUUAUCCGAGAUCUGGAUUCGAUCAGAGAUCCGCUCCGGAUUCGAUCAGAGAUCCGCUCCGGAUUCGAUCAGAGAUCCGCUCUGUAUCCGCUCCGAAAAUAGGAUAUUCGGGGUGCCCGGUUCCGAAUUCGGAUAGUAAAAUCUUGGAUCCAUGCAAACCGAAUCCGGAUCCGGAUAUCUUAAUUUUUAGGUCUGGAUAUGUAGAUCUGGAACCGUAUUUUUAAAAUACAUUAAAUUUUAUUAAUAUGUAUAUUUGAUAUAUUAAUAUUUAUACAUGAAGUGAUCUUAUAAUAUUAUAUUUUAGCUUUUACAAUAUUAUAGACAUAUAUAAAUAUAUUUAUAAAUCUUGUAUAAAUAUUUAAUUUAUAUAUUAUAUUCAAAAAUUUAGUAUUAAAAAAAUAUUUUAAUUAUUUUACGGAUCCAUAUCCAGAUAUCCGAGAUAGUAGAAUCUUGAAAUAAAUAUUCGAAAUUCGGAUAUCAAGAAACCACGAAUCCAGAUCCAGAUAUUAAAUCUACGGAUCCGACGGAACCGGAUCAUGAUCUGGGUAUCCUUAAUUUUUUGGAUAUCCGGAUCCAUCCCAGGCUUACUCCACGUAAUCGAAAUAUAACUAAUUUAUGGGUAAUUAAUUAGAUAGUAUUUAUAAAUAUAUUUAAAUAUAAUUAAUGUUGUCAGUCAUAAAUAUAUAAUGACUAGCUUAACCAGAUGACACAUACAUAACCAAGAAACCAAGUAAUGCUUAAAUGUUUUAUUUUUUCGAGAUACUCAUUAAUUAUCUCUCGUAAAAAUCCUUAUUUUUAGCCAACAUAAUGUUAUUACCAUUCAAUUGGGUCUGUGUGAAAUUAUCUUCCCGACUAUAUAUAUUUCCUACCAAAUAAAUCUGUUGAUAUUUAAUUUUGCUAAAGAACCAUGAAAUCUACUUUGUUUUUGGUUUCUUGUGUUUUCAUGUUCCUCUUUCUAAGUCACAUCCAAGAAGUGGAUGGGGUAAGGCCGAUGGCCCAGUGCCCAACGAAACAGAUAUUCGGCGGUGGAGGUUGCAGGAGCGAUGUAAACAAAACGUGCAUAAAAAGUUUUGUUAAACAAGGAGGUGAUAAGCCUAUUAGUUGCGAGUGUGACGAUAUUGUCGACGAACAUUUGUGUAGAUGUAUUUUUAAUUGCUAAUGUUUUUUUUUAAAUCACUAUAACUAAUUAAUAUUUGAACUAAAUUAUAUCAAAUGUUGUAAACAUUUCUGAUGUGGAUCCGAAUGAGAAAGAUGAUAAGAUUAUGAUGUCCUAAAUCUUGAAUUAUUCUAUAGUAAAUUGUGAUAAGACCGUAUUAUAUAAACUACAGAGAACUGAAUAUUGUAAAGAAUAAAAUUUAUAAAGUAUAUCAAAGAUUAAAAAAAGAAUGAUUCAACUGCAGAUGCGAGAUAUUAUCUCUUUUCUUAAUUCAAAAUACGUCCCAUAGUGCGACGGUUUAAUAACGUAAUGAUUCUCAAGAUACAACUGCAAAAAAUCUUUUGAUUUGCGUCACUCUAUUAGAAGCCUGGCGAAACUAGUUUUGUGUAUACUCUCAGACUCAAAAGAGAAAUAUCAAAAAAGAGAAAAAAAAUAUGAGGGAUUAUAAGCUUUUGCUCGGUGUGUUCAAAGUUACAAGUGUUUCCUUUUAAACUUGAAAAUUUCAAGUACACGUUCUGUAAUUUAAUGAGUCCACUAUCGUACCAAUUGAAUGUCAUAAUGGAAUUGAUUUCCACGAUUCAUGUACGUUAAGUUUGCAAAGUAAUAUUGUGACCAAAUCAACAACCAAUAAUAUUCUUUUCUUGGGUUUACAUAUUUAAAUAAAUACUAGCUUUUGAUCCGCGCGGAUGUAUAUUUUUCAUACAAUUGAAAAUAUUAAACAGUGUAUAUAUAUAUAUAAUACAUUUUCCAUAUUACGUAUUUGUUUUAUAUCACAUGUCCGCACACAUUUUUUUUUGUUUUUGAUAUUUUAUUUUUGGGAUAAUUACUCAAAUAUAUUUCAAAAUAUAACAAUUAAAUGGUUUCAUUUGUGAUAUAUUAGUUUAUUAUUCAGACCAUAUUUUUGUUGUUGUAUUGUGCUAUAUAUUUUUCUUAUUCGAUGUUUGUUGUAUCAGUUAGAUAGUAAUAUUUUUUUAAAAACAUCUAACUAUAUAUUAAUAUACAGUGUGAAAAUAAUUUGUUUUUAAAAAGGCUGCAUUAAUUUAAAAUUGUAUAUAUAUUUAUUUUAUAAUAUAUAUAUAUAUAUAUAUAUAUAUAUAUAUGCAGAUAUUUUUAUACCACAUAAAUUGAAAAAUCAAAUAUAAAUUUUACAGAAAGUAUAGUAUACAUAAUUUUUGUAUCUUAAAUUUAAUUUGAUAAAAAUAUGCACCCACCUAAACUACAUCUUAUCUAUUAGUUUUAUAUUUAUUAACAUUGGGAUAUAUACUUGAUUUUUUCAUGCAUUAUCUAAUAAAUACAUUAACAUUAUGGCACAAAUAAAAAGUUGUAAAUGAAGUCUAUUUUAUAAUUGUUUAUUCCGGGAAAAGGAAAACAAAAACAUGUAUCCAAAAACCAAAUAUAUGUUUUUUAAAUUCUUUAAUAUCUAUUCUUUUUUUAUUUUACCUUAUUUAAAAACAGAAUAUACCUUAUUAAAUAAGGAAAACUUGUUUUGCAAGUUGGAUAUCAUUCAUUGAUUUGCUGGACUGGGUAAAAUUAGGAAAUAAAUCAUAAUGUUGUUAUGAUAUUUUAAAAAAGGAGACUGCCUAUUAUUAGGAAACGAAAUCAUAAUGUUGUUUUGAUUUUUAUAAAAGGAAUAUUUAGUUAUGACAUUCAAGCACAGUUAAUUGUUAUUUCGUAGAAUUAGGAAUAUUUGUUUUAAUGGUGUUGAGUUUUAGGAAGGUAAUAAGUAUAACUAUGCUCGAUUUUGUACUCAUAUUAAAUAUAAUGAUAUCCAAAAUCGGGUAAACAAUUAAAUUCCUAAACCAUAAAAUCGGCAACUGAAUGUUGUUGUUUAUAAAAUCGGUAACAUUUAUUAAAAGCCCAAACAAAUUUAAAUAUUUAUUUCUAACCAGACAGCCGAAAUUAUGGGCUUAGUUACGUACUGGAUCGCAUCAACUUAAUUAAAGGGUUAUUAGUGAAUGUAUUUGAAACUACAUAGUUUAAUUAGAAUGACAUGAAAAUGUAAUUUUUAAGAAAAACUCAGGGCCAAGUACAAAAUGUACUUCAGUCUUAAUAGUUUAGAUGUAUAAUAUUAUUAUGCAAAAUAAUAUUUAAAAUAUGUUAAUUGACAUAAUGUCCAAUCAACAAAUUUAAGUUUAUAUUCAACCCAAAUAUCCAAAAUAAUCAAUUUGCUAAAUGUUUUAUAUUUAGCCAAAUUUAAAGCUUUAUAAGCUUUACACAUCAUUCAUUUUUUGGACUUCCAUUUCUCAUUCAACACAACUCUGAUUUUGACCAACAAAUACACUAACUCAUAGUGUUCACGGUGACGAUUACAUCGUGCCCAAAUUCUGGUUCUUCUGACAAACGUCUCCGUCGAAAAACCCAUCGGAAAAAUGGUCCGCACCACUUUGUCAAAAACGAGUUCCAACAAAUUGAACUAUGUGAGUUUUAGAGAUUCUCAUCGGAUCUUUCAAAACUCUCUGUUUAUGGAAUUUUUACAAGGGCAAAACCACCUUUCUUGGUUCCAAAGGCAUCAAGCAAUUGCAAGAACAGGUUAUCUUCUGUAAUGAAUAAAAUGGGAAUCUCAUCUUUUACCGGAAACCAUCACGUUUUUCUGUUCAACUGAAUUUAGACUACACGGCGGUUUUAGAGUUACUUAACGUUGAAACACUUGUCAUGUGCUUUUUCUCUUCUUAGUCCACGCUGGCUUACAGACGACAAGUGUUUUAGUUCUUGUCACACAAAAACAGAGUCAUGAAGCGAACAGAGAGAUAGAGAAAGAGAGAAGUAAUGAAAUGAAAGGGGUUUUGUCACUGAUUAGCAUUUUUCUGGUUCUCGUUUUGUCUGGGAGAUGCAGUGAUGUAUACAGCAGGAAUGAUUUCCCCAAGGGUUUCUCUUUCGGCUCCGCCACUUCUGCUUAUCAGUGGGAAGGAGCUGCCGGUGAAGAUGGCAAAAAGCCUAGCGUCUGGGAUACUUUCCUUCACUCUCGUAACUUGGAUAAUGGAGACAUAGCAUGUGAUGGGUAUCACAAGUACAAGGAAGAUGUGCAACUGAUGGUGGAAACUGGCUUAGAAGCCUUCAGAUUCUCAAUCUCUUGGUCUAGGCUUAUACCGAAUGGAAGAGGUCCUGUUAACCCAAAGGGUCUUCAGUUCUACAAGAACUUCAUCCGAGAACUUGUAACAUAUGGAAUUGAACCACAUGUUACAUUGUUCCAUUACGAUCAUCCUCAGUAUCUUGAGGAUGAAUAUGGAGGAUGGAUCAAUAGCAGAAUCAUCCAAGACUUUACUGCUUAUGCAGAUGUUUGCUUCAGAGAGUUUGGGAAUCACGUCAAAUUCUGGACCACUAUAAACGAGGCUAAUAUAUUCACUAUUGGAGGCUACAAUGAUGGUGUUACACCGCCUGGUCGUUGCUCCUCAUCACCGGGAAGAAACUGCUCAUCAGGGAACUCUUCCACUGAACCAUAUAUCGUAGGUCAUAACUUGCUUCUUGCACACGCCUCUGCUUCAAGACUAUAUAAGCAACAGUAUAAGGAGAUGCAAGGAGGUUGCGUAGGGUUUAGCAUAUUUACAAUAGGGUUUACUCCUUCUACAAGCUCCAAGGAUGAUGAGAUUGCAGUUCAAAGAGCCAAAGAUUUAUUCUUCGGCUGGAUGCUUGGGCCUCUUAUAUUUGGAGACUAUCCUGAUGAAAUGAAAAGAACCGUUGGAUCAAGACUACCAGUUUUCUCUUUGGAAGAAUCAGAACAAGUUAAAGGCUCAUCUGACUUCAUAGGAAUAAUUCACUACCUUGCGGCUUCUGUCACAAGCAUUAAGUUCAAACCUUUUCUUUCAGGACAUCCGGAUUUUUACUCAGACAUUGGCGCAUCUAUGACUUACCUUGGGAAUUUUUCGGCUUUUGAGUAUGCUGUUGCUCCAUGGGCUAUGGAAGGUGUCUUGGAGUAUAUAAAGCAGAGCUAUGGCAAUCCUCCUGUCUACAUUCUUGAAAAUGGUAGACCGCUGAAGCAAGAUUUGCAGUUGCAACAGAAGGAUACACCAAGAAUUGACUACUUACAUGCUUACAUUGGUGCUGUGCUUAAAUCCAUUAGGAAUGGAUCAGACACGAGAGGCUACUUUGUAUGGUCAUUUAUGGAUUUAUACGAGUUACUGAGAGGAUACGAGUUUAGUUUUGGACUAUACUCUGUCAAUUUCAGCGACCCUUAUCGCAAUAGAUCUCCUAAACUCUCUGCUUACUGGUACACGUCUUUUCUCAAGGGAAACACCACUUUUCUUGGUUCUCAAGCUACCAUGCGAUUGCAGAGUAACUUUUCUUCUUCAGUUUCGUCGUAGUAGUAAAUUUGUAUUUACAUCUUUUGAUGAAUCUUGGUUGUGCCGAAUACAUUUUUCCUCUUAAAGCUUUUCUAUAUUUACAUAUAUAGUACUUCCUCUGUCUUUAAUUACGGGACGUUUUAAACUCGUGCACAAAUAUUAAAAAAAAGUUUAAUUUUACACCUUUUAUAAAUAAAAAACAUCAUUAACUAGUCUUUUAAUCAUAUCUUAACUAAUAGAUAAACAAUUUGUAGAA